GUUUUGCGAAUUCUGUUUGCUUCCCAACGCACUUGCUGCAAAAAGAAAAUUAAGCCCUUAUACUGUUGUGCACUCUGUGGAAAAAGCUAUAAUCAUGUGCUGCAUGACCAAUCAAGAGCUGGUCUACAACGAGGAGACAAGUACGGCGAUGCGAAAGAGAUCCUUGAUAAACAACGAGUUCCUUGCAGACGUGGUAUUCAUUGUCGGGCCGGACCAGAAGCGAAUCUUUGCCCACAAGCUGUUGCUGGUGAUGUCUUCCGAGUAUUUUUACAUUAUGUUCAACGGCAGCUUUGCAGAGUCGCAAACCCGCGAAGUGGUGCUCAAGGAAGACGACCCGGAUUUGUUUCUCAUCAUCCUGCGCUACAUCUAUACUGAUGAGAUUAAUCUCACAUUGGAAAACAUUCGGGAUAUUUUCAACUCGGCCCAGAAAUUCAGACUGACUGAGUUAAUUGCCUUGGUUAAGGAAUACAUGAUGAAUCACGUUGUGCCAGAUAGUGUACUGCGUAUUCUAAACGAGAAUCUACACUACGGUUUCCCCUGCGUGAACACCAAGUGCCUCGAGAUGAUUAGUGAAAAUCCAUUGUUAUACUUCAAGCAUGAAGAUUUUCAAAAUAUAGAUAGGCCAGCGUUGGAGAUGAUACUAAAUUUGAAACAGAUCAACUGUUCCGACGAUAACCUACAAAACGCACUCGAAAUUUGGGGAGGCUGUGGUGAAUCAAAUGAUGAGAUUAAAAAUCUAUCAAAGAUAAUCCAUGAGCAGAAGCGGUCCUAUAACUGCAGCAAGCUUCGAUUGUUCGGUCAGUGCCGUAUCGUAAACGAGGAAGAUUCGGAAUAUCCGGAAGAUCUGGAGUUCACACUGGUUUCUCAAAGGCCAGUGUCUCUGUACGGGCUCGGAAUGUUUAUCGCAUCACCGUCAAGCAUAGUCUCGGUCGAACUGAAGAUUUUUGAUGGUGAGGAUAUAGUCGUUGCCAACAAGUACGACAUCAUCAAUAAGUCCGUCGAUGUCACGCAUGUGGCGAAUCUGUUCUUCGAGAAGGUCAUGUUGUUUCCAGAUCACGAUUAUAAGAUCAGCCUAACGAACUCAGAAAGCAAUGAUUCUUUCGUUUGUUCUGAGGCAAUAAUUUAUGACAAGACUAUCAAGUUCGAAUUCCAUGUAGAAAGUGAUGAUGUAAACCCAACUGUAGCCUUCGCACACUUUUUAUGCAAGGAGGACAUGUGUUGAACUAUUUCAACUACACAUUCGCAACAUGUAUUUUUCUUAAAUUAUCUGUUCAUGUAAUAAAACAACC